AUGGGGCUUUUUAUCUCUGAAGAACACUUUCAAGCCCUCGUGAUCUGGGAACAGAGAUGCAGGUCAACAGAUUAUGGCACCACCUAUGAAAAACUAAAUGACAAAGUGGGUUUGAAGACGGUCCUCAGUUACCUCUAUGUCAACCCCACCAACAAAAGGAAGAUCAUGCUUCUUAGUGAUCCUGAAAUGGAGAGCAGUAUAUUGAUCAGCUCAGACGAAGGGGCAACUUACCAGAAGUAUCGGCUCACAUUCUACAUCCAGAGCCUGCUCUUCCAUCCCAAGCAGGAGGACUGGGUGCUGGCCUACAGCUUGGAUCAAAAGGUAACAAUAGGUGGAAGAGCGAGCUACUACGUGUCCUAUCGAAGAGAAGCCUUUGCCCAGAUAAAGCUGCCCAAGUACUCCUUGCCAAAGGACAUGCACAUCAUCAGUACAGAUGAGAACCAAGUGUUUGCAGCCGUCCAAGAAUGGAACCAGAAUGACACGUACAACCUCUACAUCUCAGAUACACGUGGGAUCUACUUUACUCUGGCUAUGGAGAACAUUAAGAGUAGCCGAGGUCUAAUGGGAAACAUCAUUAUUGAAUUAUAUGAGGUAGCAGGUAUCAAGGGGAUAUUCCUGGCAAACAAGAAGGUGGAUGACCAGGUGAAGACGUACAUCACUUACAACAAAGGCAGGGAUUGGCGACUACUACAAGCUCCAGAUGUGGACCUGAGAGGAAGCCCAGUGCACUGCUUACUGCCCUUCUGUUCCUUACACCUUCAUCUACAGCUCUCUGAAAACCCAUAUUCCUCAGGGAGAAUCUCUAGCAAGGACACAGCCCCUGGACUUGUGGUGGCCACAGGCAACAUUGGCUCGGAACUCUCCUAUACAGAUAUUGGUGUGUUCAUCUCUUCUGAUGGGGGCAACACAUGGAGACAGAUCUUUGAUGAAGAGUACAAUGUCUGGUUCCUAGAUUGGGGUGGCGCCCUCGUGGCCAUGAAACACACACCUCUGCCAGUCAGGCACUUGUGGGUGAGUUUUGAUGAGGGCCACUCCUGGAACAAAUAUGGUUUCACAUUGCUGCCUCUCUUCGUGGAUGGGGCGUUGGUGGAGGCAGGAGUAGAGACCCACAUCAUGACAGUUUUUGGCCACUUCAGCCUGCGCUCCGAAUGGCAGUUGGUGAAAGUGGACUACAAGUCUAUCUUCAGCCGGCGGUGCACCAAGGAGGACUUUGAGACUUGGCACCUGCUCAAUCAGGGAGAGCCUUGUGUCAUGGGGGAAAGGAAAAUAUUCAAGAAACGCAAGCCAGGUGCUCAGUGUGCCCUUGGUAGAGACUACUCUGGGUCGGUGGUAUCAGAACCCUGUGUCUGUGCUGACUGGGACUUUGAAUGUGACUAUGGCUAUGAGAGACAUGGGGAGAGCCAGUGUGUCCCAGCUUUCUGGUACAACCCUGCUUCCCCCUCAAAGGACUGCAGCCUUGGCCAAAGCUACCUUAAUAGCACUGGGUACCGGAGGAUUGUGUCCAACAACUGCACAGAUGGGUUAAGGGAGAAGUACUCUGCUAAGACUCAGCUGUGUCCUGGAAAAGCUCCUCGGGGACUCCACGUGGUCACCACUGAUGGGCGCCUGGUGGCAGAGCAGGGUCAGAAUGCAACCUUCAUCAUUCUAAUGGAAGAGGGUGACCUCCAAAGGACAAACAUCCAGCUUGACUUUGGGGAUGGGAUUGCUGUGUCCUAUGCCAAUUUCAGCCCCAUUGAGGAUGGCAUCAAGCAUGUGUACAAGAGUGCGGGGAUCUUCCAGGUGACAGCCUAUGCAGAGAACAGCCUUGGCUCUGAUACAGCUGUCCUCUUCCUGCACGUGGUUUGUCCAGUGGAACACGUUCACCUUCGAGUUCCAUUUGUCGCCAUAAGAAACAAGGAUGUGAACAUCAGUGCAGUUGUGUGGCCCAGUCAAAUGGGGACCCUUACCUACUUCUGGUGGUUUGGCAAUAGCACAAAGCCCCUCAUCACCUUGGACAGCAGCAUCUCUUUCACAUUCCUUGCAGAAGGAACCAACACCAUCACUGUGCAGGUAGCUGCUGGGAAUGCUCUCAUCCAAGACACGAAGGAGAUUGCAGUACAUGAAUACUUCCAGUCACAGCUCUUAUCAUUCUCUCCAAAUCUCGAUUACCACAAUCCUGAUAUUCCUGAGUGGAGGCAAGACAUUGGCAAUGUUAUAAAACGAGCUCUGGUUAAGGUGACCAGUGUCCCAGAAGACCAGAUUCUUGUGGCUGUGUUUCCAGGUCUCCCCACUUCAGCAGAGCUUUUCAUCCUUCCACCUAAGAACUUGACAGAAAGGAGGAAAGGUAAUGAAGAGGAUCUAGAACAAAUUGUAGAGACACUAUUUAAUGCAUUAAACCAAAACUUGGUACAGUUUGAGCUGAAGCCAGGGGUCCAGGUCAUUGUAUAUGUCACACAGCUGACAUUAGCUCCACUGGUGGACUCCAGCGCUGGGCACAGCAGCUCUGCCAUGCUUAUGCUCUUGUCAGUGGUGUUUGUCGGCUUGGCUGUGUUUCUGAUCUACAAGUUUAAAAGGAAAAUCCCCUGGAUCAACAUCUAUGCCCAAGUCCAACAUGACAAGGAGCAGGAGAUGAUCGGGUCAGUGAGCCAAAGUGAAAACGCCCCAAAAAUCACACUCAGUGAUUUCACCGAGCCUGAGGAGCUGCUGGACAAAGAGCUAGACACACGGGUCAUAGGAGGCAUUGCUACCAUUGCAAACAGCGAGAGCACAAAGGAGAUCCCCAAUUGUACUAGUGUUUAAUCAAGAAGUCUUGUGGUCAACCACCUUCCUGACUUUUUAUUUUUGAUGACUACUAUUACUAUUAUUAUGGAAAAAUUAAAAUGUCUUUUUUACCUUUUGUUUACCAA